UAACGGCGUUAUAUCACGGAAUUGACUUAAUUAACGACACCUCCGCGCGAAACGCACGAGGAAUAAAUUAAACGCGUUUUUAAUUACCUGCUUCACACCCCCACGGCUUCAAGUCCGAGCUUCCUUGAAAGGUGCAUUGAAAUUUGCCGGCUGCUCUCUAAUUUAUCGAGGGGGGGGGGGGGUCAAGUUUAAAAACAUUUUCGUAUAUCUGUCAUAUUGCUGUUGCGUGAUUAGCCCCCAGUGCAUCAACACAGCCCAUUGCAAAAGCGCACCUUGAUUAUAUUAGUGAUUCAUUGUCAUCUUAAUCGGGCAGUUAUAAAAUGAUUGGGUCGGGCAGCGCCAGCCAGCCUGCUUUUAGUUCGGCGAGACUCGACCAUGCUGUUUGCAAAGCAAGCCGGCUCUCUGGUCGGUAUCGUUGUGCUGGCCGUGCUGCAGGGCGCUUUCUCUUGGGAGGAAUGGCCCCGGGUACAGUUUGGACACGGGGAAGGCGACUCUUCGGCCUCUCAGCUGCAAGACGCGGACGAGUUACCAGCAGGUCGCCCGCUCCAGAGAAGCCGAGUCGGACAGCAGUUGAAGGACAGAGCAAUCCGUGUAGCUCAGCAAAUCAAGUCCUUCCUGGAAUACAUGAAACCGCACCCCGCCGGCAGUGGGGUGUUCCCGCACCCAGCCGGCAGUGGGGUGUUCCCGCACCCCGCCGGCAGGGGGGUGGUCCCGCACCCAGCCGGCAGUGGGGUGGUCCCGCACCCCGCCGGCAGGGGGGUGGUCCCGCAGACCGUGGCGGCGCAGUGCGGGGAGACUAAGAUCGUGGUGACGGUCAAGCGGGAUCUUUUCGGAAUCGGCCAGCUGAUCAAAGCCUCUGACCUCAGCCUGGGAAGCUGCGGGGUCACACGGCAGGAUAACGCGACGCAGAGCUUGGUGUUUGAGGCUCGGCUGCAGGACUGCGGCAGUACCCUGACGAUGGUAUCUGACCAGCUGGUCUACAGCUUCACCCUCCAAUACCAGCCGAGCAGGAACUCCAACGAGCCGAUCGUGAGGACCAACUCCGCGGGAGUGGGCGUCGAGUGCCGCUACAUGCGGAAACAAAACGUGAGCAGCAACGCCCUUCAACCAACAUGGCGCCCCUUCUCCUCCACCAGGUCUGGCUCUGCUCUGCUCGGCUUCUCCCUGAAGCUGCUGGCUGAUGACUGGGUCACCCCGAGGACCUCCAGUGUCUACUCCCUGGGGGACGUCAUGAACCUCGAAGCCUCGGUUGAGGGGACCAAUCACGUGCCCCUCCGGCUCUUCGUGGACAGCUGCGUGGCCACUGUGGUUCCCGACAGGACCGCCAGCCCCCGAUAUGUCUUCAUUGACCACAGUGGCUGCCUGGUUGAUGCGAAGGGUUCCGGCUCCAGGUCCCGCUUCGUGUCUCCCAGAGUUCAGAGCGACAAGCUGCAGCUGAAGCUCGAUGCCUUCCGCUUCUACUCUGACUCCAGGAGCACCAUCUACAUCACCUGCCACCUGAAAGUGACGGCUGCUUCCCAGAACGUGGACUCUGUGAACAAGGCCUGCUCUUUCACUGCGGGCUCCGGCAGGUGGAGCUCGGUGGACGGGAGUGAUUCUGUGUGCAGCUGCUGUAACACUGGGAGCUGUGUUGCCUCUUCCAGGAGGAGACGAGGGAGCGGGGCGGCUGCCAGUGCAGUUCUGGAGUGGGAAGGCGACGCUCUUGUCGGUCCCCUGGUCGUCCUGGAGACUCUCGAUUCCCUGGAGGAGCCUGAAGCCCAGAGUCUCCAGUUAGAAGCAGAGGCCGGACCAGCAGCAGGCUUCCCUGUUGAGGUUCUGGUCCUGGCUGGUGUGGUCACUGCUGUGGCUCUGGGCUGCAUUGCUGCGCUGGCCGCUGUGCUUUACAGGAGACCCGGCAGACUCUCUGACUUGUGGUUUUAA